GCUCUCACUAGGGCUAUAAAUACUGAGCCCUGUUACUCAGACUCCACGCCGGCCCUGCCUUCCCUUGCUUUUCUUCCUGUUUGGUUGCCUGGACUGAUGUGGACGUGCACCAUGGAAACGCCUCUGGAAAAGGCCUUGGCAACCUUAGUCUGCACCUUCCACAAGUACUCGGGGAAGGAAGGCAGCAAGCUGACCCUGAGCAAGGGGGAACUGAAGGAGCUGGUGAAGAACGAGCUGGGGCUGGGGGAUAGAAUGAAGGAGGGAGGCAUUGAGCAGCUCAUGAAAAGCCUAGACCGGAACAGCGACCAGGAAAUCGACUUCAAGGAAUACUCGGUUUUCCUGUCCACCUUGUGCAUGGCCUACAAUGACUUCUUCCGGGGAGGGAGCAAGUAGCUGGGGGGAGGAAGGGGGCUUAGACCAGGAGGCAAAGCCCCUGGCUCUGGAUACUGUCCGGCUGCUUUCAAUAAAAAGAUUUCUGUCCACAGUUCUCCCAGUGUUCUGUGUUUCCUCCUGUCCAGCAUUCCUUCCG